UUUAAUAGCUCCCUCCACGUUUUCUUUAUCCUUACUAAGAAGGAACUGGGAAGUGGGGACAUUGUCAUUGCAAUUGAAUAUGUCUGCACGUUAUGCUGGAAUCGUCAUUGAUAUUCCCAAGCAUUAGCAAACCCAAGUACUCUCUGCGUGGUUUUCUUUUUAUCAAUCUUUUCCAUCAUUUGGGCCAGAUUCGAGUUUCAGUCUUUUAGUAAUGGCGUCCUCUUCUUCAUCAUUUCCAUCAGAAAUUGUGGAAUAUGGUUUUCUGAAAGAGAAUGAAGAUUACCCCAUAAGGGUGCAAUCAGUUGAUUCUUCAAGAUUGUUUGAUGUAUUCAUCAAUCACAGGGGACCUGACGUCAAACAUACUCUGGCUCUCCAACUUUACAAUUUAAUCAAGAAAACGGGUUUCCGGCCAUUUCUUGACUCUCAAGAGAUUGAAUUGGGAGAUUCAAUUCCCUCGACUCUAAAAAAUGCCAUAUUUUCUUCAUCAGUUCACGUUGCCAUCUUCUCUCAGGGAUAUGUAAAGUCCGCUUGGUGUUUAGCUGAGCUAGUUCUCAUGCUACAAUCUGGGGUAAAGAUUAUCCCUGUCUUUUAUGAUGUGGCUCCUGCCGAUCUUCGCUACAUCGCAAAGGGAGUGUAUGCAGAAGAAUUUGCCAAGUAUGAAGAGAAAGGCAGAUACCUCAGCCAAUUGGAGGAGUGGAAAAAGGCCCUCCACACUGUUUCAUUGAUAUCUGGCUAUGAACGCAACAGACAUAAUAAUGAUAAUGAUAAACUUUGUGAAAUCAUCGUGUCUGCUGUGCUAAAAGAGGUUGAGAGGAUGACUCCUUUAGAUGUUGCGAAACAUUCAGUGGGAUUGGAUGAACUUGUGGAUGAUUUUGAAAGCAAGUGUGGAAGGCACAUAGAGAAAGAGAAUUUUAAGAUCAUUGGGAUAUUUGGAAUUGGUGGAUCUGGCAAGACUACUCUAGCCAAAGAAUUCUUCAAUCGCAAACGUUCAGAGUAUGAUAGAUCCAGUUUUCUUUUUGAUGUAAGAGAAGCGGCUGCGAAAGGUGAAUUGCCUAGUUUGCAAACUAAGCUACUCAAGGAUCUGUUCAUGGAGGAUCAUCCCAAGUUUCAGAGUACAGAUGAAGGAAUAAGUUAUCUCAGGUAUCGUCUGGGAAAGGCGCUCCUUUUGCGUUUCCUUAUUGUUGUAGACGAUAUUGAUCACAUACGUCAGUUAGAUGCUCUCCUUGUGACAGAUUGGCAUACCCUGAAUCCUGAUAAUUUGUUAAUUGUUACCACCCGGGAUGAAAGGAUGCUCAUUCGAGCUUCAAUUACUCCUAGAUAUAGGAUGAAAGAAAUGAAUGAGAAGCACAGUAGAGAACUCUUUUGUUGGCAUGCAUUCCAACAACCUUAUCCAUCCAGGGGAUUUGAGGAUUUGGUACAGAGCUUUGUGAAAGGGUGUGGAGGUCUGCCUCUUUCCCUUCAAGUGUUGGGCGGGCACGUUUCUGGUAGUUCAGAACAACGUUAUUGGCAGAUAGAAUUAGAUAAAGUUCGCAAAACACUGCCUGGAGACAUAAAACAAAGGAUCCAAAUAAGCUAUGAUUCACUGGACAGAGAGGAACAAGGGAUUUUCAUGGAUAUUGCAUGUUUCUUUGUCGGAAAACUGAAGAGCACUGCAAUAAGAAUAUGGGAGGGUUCAGGAUGGAAAGCAGAUUUUGCGCUUCAGAUUUUAGAGGACAAGUGUCUUGUUUGUGAGGGUGAUGCAGAAAUGACCUAUUGGGAAGAUAAGUGGUUGAUGAUGAACAAACCUGAUGUUGUUCUGGGAAUGCAUGAUCAUAUCCGUGAUUUUGGAAGAGAAAUAGCAGAUGGGCAAAGGCCACCUUGUCGCUUCUGGUGCCCCCAAGAUCUUAAAUCUAUGCAGUUAAAAGGAUUCCGAAACAUUAUCCGUGAGAGCAAUCACCAUAGCUUCAGAUGUUUCCAUUCCUUUUUUGAUUCGUCCGUUGGUGGUCGAAUUACAUUCUUUCUGGGGAACUCAGAUGACUGUCCUGAAAAUGCAACGGUAUUGCUAUCGCUUGAGCUUUACCUGCGUGAAGAGCAACUCAUAAGUAUCCCUUCAUGGAUUCCUUUGCGAAAUUUGCAACGUUUAAGAGUUGUCUUUGGACGUCUCAAAAGGUUGUGGUACGAAGCUGCACAGGUUCCUCUUCAGUUGAAAGAGUUGGUGCUUCAACAAAUCUCAUUGGAAGAGAUUUCCAGCUCAUUAGAAAUGUUAAACGAAUUGCAAUAUCUUGUUAUUAAGGGGAAAAAUGGAGGAAAUUGCAUCCUAGGUACAGAGAGAUCCUUAACAGAAACCCUCAAGAAACUUACCAAACUCAAAGGAUUAAUUUUAUGCCAAUUCAGAUUCAGUGGGAAAGUGUCUUUGAAGAAUGGUGGAGAGUCAACUUCUUCUGAUUUCCUUGCACAUAGCCUCCAAACCGUACAGAUUUCUGACCAGCAACUUGCAUGCCAGGUCUCAAUUAGCGGAGAGCAUUGUCCCAAUCUUGAAUCUCUUCACCUGGAAUCAAUGGAAAAUCUGAUUGAAAUUGAUUUGAGAUGUGUCAGUACACUGCGCUCUCUCACAGUCAGAUUUUGUAGUGAAUUGAAAACGAUAUCAAGAAGUUUUGAUAUGUGUGCCAAGCCUGCAACAUUAGACAUACAGGAAUGCCGACAGCUUGGAUUAAUGGCUUAUAGCAGGAAAUUGAAAACACUAUCAGGGAGUUUUGAUAUGAAGAGUUUUGGUCUGGGAAGGUUUGAUGUCGAAGAUCUAAGUGGGCUCGAGAAGACUAUCAUUAAUAGAAGAUGGAAUCUGCAGAACGUAAAACGUAGUGAGUUAGAAGGAUUGAAAUCCUUACAUCUUUCAAGCAUUGGGGGAGGUAUAUCCAAACUCUCAAUUUCUGGAGAGCAUUGCCCCAACCUUGAAUCCGUCCACCUUGAAUCCAUGGAAAAUCUGAUUGAAGUGCAUUUCAAAUGUCUCAACAUGCUUAAUUCUCUUAAAUUAUGGUUUUGUAGUGAAUUGAAAAGGAUAUCAAGAAGUUUUGAUAGGGAUGUAAAUCCUGCAAUAUUAGAUAUACAAGAGUGCCAACACCUUGGAUCGAUUGCUUAUAGUAGAAAAUCGAAAACAUUAUCAGGCAGCUUUGUGAUGGAGAGCUUUGAUCCGGGGAACUUCAUUGUGGAAGAUCUGAGUGCGCUUCAGAGGACUGUCAUCAAUGAAAGCUGGAAUUUUCAGAACAUGAAAGGUAUUGAGUUAGAAGGAUUAAAAUCUUUGCAUCUUUCAGGCAGCGAAGGAGGUGUAUCCAAGCUCUCAAUUUCUGGAGAGUAUUUCCCAAACCUUGAAUCUUUCCAACUUGAGUCUAUGGAAAAUCUAACUGAAUUGAACCUGACAUGUUUAACAGCAGUAAAAUCACUUACAUUUAAAUCUUGUAGAAGAUUGAUAACAGUAUCUGGGAGCUUUAAUUGGGCUAAUAAACUUGCAACUCUGAAAAUUAAAAACUGCCCCCGACUUCGACUAUUGCCAAGUCUUGCAGAUCUGAGAUACCUGGAGAGCAUUAUCAUUGAUGGAUCUUUGAAUCUAUGGAAUAUAGAUGGUACACACAAGUUAGAAGGAUUGAAACGUUUGCAUGUUUCAGGGGGAGAAGGAGGUGUAUCCAAGAUCUCAAUUUAUGGAGACCAUUUGCCCAGGCUUGAAUUUCUCCACCUUGAAUACAUGGAAAAUCUAAUUGAAUUAGAUUUGAAUCGGAUAAUGGAGCUUAAAUACCUUACAUUAAAGUCUUGUACAAGACUCCAAAUAAUAGAAGCGAGCUUUAAUACAGCCUCAAAGCUUGCAAUUUUGGACAUAAGGGACUGCCCUGAGCUUGAAGUGUUGCGAGGUCUGCCUAGUCUGUGCUACCUAGAGAGGAUUAUUUUUCAUCAUUGCUGGAAGCUGCACACUUUACAAGGUAUUGAAAAAUCGACAGGAUUGAAGUACUUGAAUCUUUCAGGAGCCCAGAAAGCUAUACAAGAUUGCAUUUCCACAUUGCAGAGAUUCCCCUUAGAAGUUACAGUUGUAAUUGGAGAAGCAACUGAAGAUGUGAAUAAUAACUGGUCCCAUUUAAUGUCAGUGUUGGUGCCUUCACUUGUUGGCGCGCAUGCGAUUUGUGAAAUUCGUGAUUAUUUUAAUGAUCUCAACCCAAUUUUUAUUUCUAAGUUCAAAUCGCAAUGCGCUUUCAGUGCAAUCAUAGUUUGUGCUCUGUUCGAAACUUCCGAUAGCCCGGGACAACUGGGGAUUCUCCUUCCUCCCGGUGACUUGAUAGAGACCCAAGUGGAAACUGGAAAAUGGCUGGCCUCCAUUUUCAUUGCUGGACAAGAACACGUAAAUCGUGCGCAGCAGGAUAUCCACCAGUGGAUCCCCAAAUGUCCGUCAGAUUCAUUAAAGAAUGGAUUCAUAAUUACCGUGAGCAGGGGCCAAGAAUGGGAAGCACUGGUUUUACUCAAAUUAAUUAUUGCCUGGAUGUAUAAGAGAAUAAGGUAGUGCACGGGUAGUUUAUGGCUUUUACAUGUGGCUCUUUAGAUUGCGUUCCUUGUGGGUAAGUAAACGUUACUCUAUCCUUUAAUUUGAUGAGCACUGUUAAUAUAUUCUUGUAGAUUUCAUUCUAUAUUAGAGAGGUCUCAUUGCUUCCAAAUGGUAUGGAGAGGAUGGAAAGAGCAUGUGUUUUGAUUGACUUCAAAAUUUUGUCCAUGCAUAAUGUAAAAGGGCAUGUUAUUGUUAUGAAUACAAGCAUAGAAUAGGAGAAAUACAUUC